GACAGUAGAUCCUUGCACUACAUGUUUCACACCAGAACUUCUUCUUUUGUAGGAUUCUACACUUUUUGUAGCAUGUAGUUCCGGUCCUGUUGAGAUCCCUACAUCUAGGAGCAGCAAGAGACUCCUAAUGAUAGGUGUAAAUGCAGUUUGGUGACCAGGAGAAGUCUCCAUUGGCUCCAGGAACAUUGAUCAGAUUUGUGAGCAUUUGGGAAAUGCAUUUACCACUGAGGAGAAGGCUUCAGAGGAACCGGGUUCUUUUCCUACUGUCCAUGGUAUUGGCUUUUUCCAUCUAUCAGCUUCUCUGUGGCCCUAAAAUUCGUUCAGCACCUUGGACAGCAUCUCAGCCUGAGGACCAAGUGAAAGUGACCACCAGGGACCUUUCCAGCAACAAGGCCGCUGCAGUGGACAAUGGGACAACAGUAUCCAAGAUAAGGCAUUGUGUAUAUGUGGACCCUACACCAACUGUGCCCAUCACAUCAUCAGUAAAUGCAACCCCACCCCUAGGAAGUGUCAAUCUGAGCCACCUGGAUGAAGAGGGAAGUUACCCAACACCACCCUCCCAUGGAGAAUACCCUCAAGACCUUUUUAGCUUGGAGGAGCGCAGGAAAGGGUGGGUCAUACUUCACAUCUUUGGCAUGAUGUAUGUGUUUGUGGCCUUGGCCAUAGUGUGUGAUGAAUAUUUUGUCCCCGCCUUGGAUGUAAUCACGGAGAAGUUGCAAAUCUCCGAUGAUGUGGCAGGGGCCACCUUCAUGGCAGCAGGCGGAUCAGCACCAGAACUCUUCACCUCUCUCAUAGGUGUCUUCAUCUCACAUAGCAACGUGGGCAUUGGCACCAUUGUAGGCUCAGCAGUGUUUAAUAUUCUUUUUGUCAUUGGCACCUGUGCCCUUUUCUCGAGGGAGAUACUCCACCUGACCUGGUGGCCCUUGUUUAGAGACGUCUCAUUCUACAUUCUAGACUUACUGAUGCUCAUCCUGUUUUUCUUAGACAGCUUCAUUGUUUGGUGGGAAAGCAUCCUUUUGUUGAGUGCCUACGCCCUCUAUGUGCUCACCAUGAAAUGGAACGUUUACUUAGAACAAUGGGUGAAGGAACUGGUGAACAAGACAAGAAGUACUGUGAAGGCGGCCACUUCUGAAGACACAAGGAAGCAAGGCAAUGGGUCAGUUGCAAGGGGUGGAGCAAAGCACUCAGAUGACAGCAAGAGACCAGAGCUCGUGCCACCCUUCCAGCGAGGAGGCAGCGCCACGUCUCUACACAACAGCCACCUGCGCACCACCAUCUGCCAGCUCAUGAUCCACACCCUGGACCCCCUGGCCGAAGCAAAGUUUAAAGACAAGCUUGACGUCAUGAGCAAUUUGGCCACGGGCAAACUAGGCUCUCAGGUCAGACAAGGAGUGAAACCGGAAGCAGAGAACAAAGCAGAAGCAGAAUUAGCAACCAUUGUUCAAGCCACACCUGUCAGCGACUCCAACCUCAGCGCGGUGGAGGAUGAACACAGUGUGGACAAACCCCAUGGCGGGCAGCGCUCUCUGGAUAUAGAAGGCAGCAGCUCUGAGGAGGAGGAAGAUUGUGAUGAUGAGAGUGAGGAUGAAGAUGAGGAGGAAGAAAAUGACGAGCCAUUAUCCCUCAAAUGGCCAGAGACCAGGAGAAAACAAGCGAUUUACCUUUUCCUCCUGCCCAUUGUGUUCCCUCUCUGGCUCACAGUGCCCGAUGUUAGGAACCCAAGGUCUAGAAACUUCUUUGCCCUCACAUUUCUAGGAGCCAUCGUCUGGAUUGCAGCAUUCUCCUACCUCAUGGUGUGGUGGGCACAUCAGGUUGGAGAAACCAUUGGGAUUUCGGAGGAAAUUAUGGGUUUAACAAUCCUGGCAGCAGGGACUUCAAUCCCUGACCUCAUCACAAGUGUUAUUGUUGCACGUAAAGGCCUGGGUGACAUGGCUGUCUCCAGCUCUGUGGGCAGCAACAUCUUUGAUAUCACUGUUGGUUUGCCAGUUCCUUGGUUCCUUUAUUCGGUCUUCAAUGGACUCAGCUCAGUUGCUGUCAGUAGUAAUGGUUUGUUUUGUGCAAUUGUUCUGCUUUUUCUCAUGCUCCUGUUUGUGAUCACCUCCAUUGCUCUAUCUAAAUGGAAAAUGAACAAACUGUUGGGGCUCACCAUGUUUGCUCUUUACUUUGUAUUUUUGAUUAUCAGUGUGAUGCUAGAAGAUAGAAUCAUAACCUGCCCAAUAUCUGUGUGAGGCUUGGGUGUAACUACUCUUUGGGCAGCACAAGUCGAUGUGAUCUCCAUAUACAGUAUGUAUAAGUGAACUUGAAAAUGGGUUUAAGGUAGUUAUGUUUUACUUACUUAAACCAAUUGUAAACUUACUGAAAACUGUGAAAACUAAGCUUAGUGAAACUUAAAUUCAAAUAAAGAUUUCUAUUAAUAUAUUUAUUUGCAUGAAUAUAUAUUUAGGCCCCAAUCCUGCAAAGACCCACACAGGUGUUUAAAAUGUUAUGCACUGCAAGUAGUCCUAUUGACGUAAGAAGAUGAAAGACUGAGGCCCUGCCCACUUGUAGUCAUUAAAGAUCCCUGGCAAUUUUUGCAGGAGUCAGAGUAUUAUUAGUCUUUGCAGAAACAGGGUCUAAAUUAUUAAUGAAAGGGCCUGAUCCUACACCCACUGAAGUCAAUGGAGCUUUGUCAAUGGGUGUGGGAUUUAGCCCUGUGGAGAGAGCCAGUGCUGAUCUUCUUACACCCCCCAAAUAGGGCUUAAAUAGGAUGCAAGUGUUGAAAAGGCCUAGAGUUGGUCCCUCUAAACAGAGGGGAAUUUCACCCUAAACUCUUUGGAGACAGAGCAAUAAACUGAUUUCUGUGCUCAGUCGGAGAAGCAUUUACCAGUUACACAGCAAUCCUGAAGGAGAUCCACUCUUCUCCAUUAUAAAUAGGCAUCUAAUCCUGCAAUGUGAUCCCUCAACUCAUGGUGAAAUCCUACAUAAACCAGUGGGACUCCAUAUGAACGUAAGAGUCCAUUGGUACAGUUUGCUUUGCAGGAUUCAGGGACUAGGAGAGCAAGCUGCAUAGCAGUAAAAGGUAAGGAAAACAGGAAGUGAAACUGUUAUCAAAAGAAGCAGCAGAAGUGAUCUUAUAUUGCUUUUCACCCCCUGAAAGUGAUUGUAUUCAACUUCUGUUAGCACUAAUGUGUUUUGCAUAAUUGUGUCACAUGAGGAAAUUCUAAUUGUCAUCCACCAUUAUCAAUUAGCCUGAAUGGUUC